UGCGCGCGUUGGAAGAUGGCGGCUGUGAAUACGCUCUAUCAAAGCUACUGGGGAAAAUGGCGCGGAGAUUCAACCGCCCGGGCGCGCGCUGGAGACAGACAGAGCGCGGGAGAUGGGAGGAGGGCGGACUGUGGGCGGGGACGGAGACGGACUCCAUGCCUGUUAUACAAUCCGCGCUUACAUAAGGUCGCAGGGAAGGGCAAAAAUACUAAAGGCUCCGGCUCGAGUGUCUUUGGGGGAAAGAGGACGUUUCCUCCACUCCUGAGUUGGCCCAGGACUGAUUCUCGCCGCUGUCCCCCGUCCCCCCGAUACCAGAUGAAGGCGGCCGGCACCAGGCUCUCUGUCCGGCUGGAGAGGCUCAAGCGUCUGCCCGCGGUCGGCGCUCCCGAGGCAGCGGGCAAUGAACGGCUGUCCAAGAGGCCCACACGCCCGGUGCAGGGCAACGCGAGUGGACGGCAACUUGCGGCCCAGUCCGGGGCCACGGCGGCCGGCGACUCUGAUGGCGAUAGCACCGGGGAUGAGCAGUUUAACCAGUCUGAGGAGUUGUCAGUCUACGAAAAAAAACGAUUGAAAAACAUUCAGGAAAAUGCUGAGUUCUUUGCAUCAUUAAACAUUCUGGAGACGGCUAAAAUGCUUUGGAAAGUUAGUGGAAAAGGACCUAAGAGACAGAAUACACCCAAAAGAGAGAAGGUUAAAGACUCUGGAGAGCAACGCAUAGUUCGCCGGUCACAGCGGCUACUGAUGCUGAAAUCUACCGACUCCCCAGAACCAAAAUUACUGAUAAAAACGUCAGAGGAGACUAUUGUUGAGGAGCGGUUCUCUGGAUCUCUUACAAUGGUCGCUAUUGAAGAAAAGGACAGCAAAAAAACUGAGGAUCUGAUGAAGACGUGGUUGGAGAUUAGUCAGGGCAAAUCUCGGGUUAAAACAAAGCAACCAAAAGAGUUAAAGACCUACAAGUCCAGUUUGAAAAGGAUGACGAUCCAAGAAAGCUUUGUUGCAAAAGUAACACCAAAACGAGUGUGCGCACUGGCUAUUCAUCCGUCUGAGCAGAGGUUCCUGGUGGCUGCAGGAAGCACUUAUGGAUAUAUUGGAAUUUGGGAUCUGAGUUCUCGGGUCAAUGAUGUAGUUGCUGUUGGUCAGUUCAAACCUCACUGUAGUUCGAUUAACUGCUUACACUUUUCUCCUGCUAACUCUGCUGAGAUCCUAUCAGUGAGCAGUGAUGGGACCAUUCGCUGUGGAAAUGUUGCUGCUGCAGUCUUCGAUGAGGUGUAUGUAUCCAAAGAUUGGAAUACCUCUUCUUUUGACUUCUUGUCUGAGGAUGGGUCCACCUUGCUUGUCGGUCACUGGGAUGGAAAUGUGGCUAUAGUGGAUAGACGAACCCAAAGCAAUUCAGGAGAACUGAAUGCACACCUGGGCCUGAACUAUUUACGAAUGGUCAGUGUUCACCCAUUGGAUCGUCAUUACUUUGCAACUGCUGCAGCACAGUGUGCAACUAUUUAUGAUAUCCGAAAUCUAAAAAGAUCAUCAGCAAAAGCUGUGGCGCACAUGAACCCCCACUCCAGACGUGUAAACUCGGCCUACUUUUCACCGGUUACUGGCAACAGUGUGGUGACCACCAGCAUGGAUGACAUGAUCAGAGUAUUUGAUACAAGUUCCAUCAUUCCUGAGAUUCCUUGUGUGGCAUCAAUAACUCAUAACAACAACACUGGACGUUGGCUUACCAAAUUCCAAGCUGUGUGGGAUCCUAAAAUGGAAGAUUGCUUUGUAGUGGGGAGUAUGGUCAGGCCCAGGCAGAUUGAUGUGUUCCACAGUACAGGAAUCAAGGUGCAUGAAUUCAAGCAUGCUGAAUGGCUGCGGUCUGUGUGCUCUAUUAACGUCAUGCACCCAACCAAAAAUGUCUUGGUUGGUGGAAACUCGAGUGGCCGACUUCAUGUGUUCAUGGACAAUGGAUUAAGUGAAUAGAUGGUGGCAUCCACACAAAAUAGAGGGCCACCUCUAUCAUUGUAGAGACAGCAGGAAUCUUGACAUGUCAAAUGCUGUGAUGAUAUUUAUGUAGGAGUUUGGUAUUUAAUGUGGGGGGGAAAAUAGCUCAAAUAUAUCAAUAAAAAUACCAGCAAAGUCCUUCAACCAUUCCCCGCUCUCCUUGCCGCUUCCUCCCCACACGUUAAAACACUGCCACUUUAUACCAUAUUCACCAUUCCAAAUGCAGUCAUUUGUAUUAGGUUAGCUGAGUAUUUGUGGUGCCAAAUUUUAUAUGUGUACAUAAAAUGUAAGUGAUCAACAGGAUACAAACAGAUUUGACACCAUCAUUCUGGAAUGGGGUGUUUUUCUGCAGACUGCCCUCUGUAGAAAGUCAAUUAGAGUAUUUUCUUGAAGGUUUAAAAUGUUGCUUUUCACAGUAGACAUUGCAAACUAGAAUGUGUGUGGAGCGCUGCAAAGUAUUCUUGUUGUGAUAUGUUUUAAAUAGUGUCUGUCCUGCUUUGACAUUUCUGAUGUUUCAGCAGUUUUAAAAUAACAUUGAAAUAAAUUGCACUUUUUAAAAUUUUAAA